UGGACAAGUCGCGCGCACCUAUCCGACUCCAGGCCCGAGAGAUUGGGCUCUCGACACGGCAGCCAUGUCGAACGGCGAUUUCCCUCGACAGGCGACGUGGACGGACAAAAAGCAGCUCUCGCAGCGAACGCACCGAUGGGAUUUAAGGCUGGCUGCUCGCAAGGGACCGCCGUUUCGAGCGCAACGAGAGAGGGGAGCUCGGUUCAUCAGGUCGCCUGCCCCUUGUUCCACAUGCAGGCAACUCGAGACAUGACAAACAUCAACGACAGCGGCGACAGCGGCGACAGCGGCGACAGCGGCGACAGCGGCGACAGCGGGGGCCCGGGCCACAGAACACGAUCAGGAGCCAACGGCACGUAGCAAAAUCCACGACGAUGCAGCAGGUGAGUGUCGUACGCGGUUCUGCGCGGCCCCCAGUGCUGCAUGCCGGUUGGCAAAUGGCAGAUAAUGGCCUGCUUGCCAUGUCGGCUCAUCAGGCGCCAGAGCCAGCCCGGCGCGGCGCGGCGCGGGCGGUGGGCAAUGAUGGAGGAGGGAGCAUGCAAGGCAGACGAGUCAAGCAGGGCAGGGCGAGGGCGAGGGCGAGGGCGAGGGCGAGGCAAGGUACGGAGUACUGGGCGCAGAGUUACUUGGAUACUGUAUCACCU